AUGCCCCCCUGGGGACCCUGGAAAAACUACACGGCUGAGACCUCCAACAUGCCCCCCUGGGGACCCUGGAGAAACUACACGGCCGAGGCCUCCAUGCUUGCCUCCCAGAUAGACAGCAAUGAGCUGCCACGGUACGUUAUCGUCGCUCAAACGGUGAUCGCUGUCAGCUCGAGUCUCGUCAACUUUAUCUUUCUGGUCAUAAUUUUUAUUGUGCCAGAGAUUAGGACGAUGCCUUCAAACUUGCUCCUAGCGUCGUUAGCAGUGGCCAAUCUACUCUUCUGCUCAAAUGUUGGACUACUUCAGCUAGCUGUACAAACACAUUCGCACGGGGAGAACCUUUGUAAAACCCUACUAGUCCUGGCUGUUUUUACCAUUUGCCUCUCCUGUUUCAGUCGCUGUAUCAUUGCAAUAGACAGGUACUACGCCAUCUCCGUGCCGUUCAAGUACCUGUUCUAUGUGUCCGACUUCUACGCCGUGUCCCUGAUAGCUCUCGUCUGGACAUGUUCUCUCGGACUGGCCUGUCUGCCGCUACUGCACUGGAAGAAAUUGGUUCCCAGCAGUGACCAGUGUAUCAACCAUGCUGAAUCGGUGCCAGUAGUGGUGAUGUUGGUGGUUGUCAUCAUGGUGCCGGCUGUCAUCAUGCUCUUCGUCUAUUCCAGCAUCUUCUACUGGGCCUACAUGCAGAUAAGGAUUAUUAAAAUGGUAGGAAAACAUGCAGGUUAG